AUGGUGCUAUUCAUGAAAGUACGUAAGUGAAAUACAGCCUUAAAGAAAAAGCAUGCUGUCGUCAAAUUAUGACGUAUACCUAUACUGUUAUGUACAGUAAACUGUGUCUCUGGUAUCAGAAAAUCAAAACAGAUGCAUCUAGCUGAGAGCCAAUAAGUCAUUAAAGACGUAAGUACGUUUAAAUUUCUGUGCCCAAUAUGCGUACAAUUGUUUUUAGUUUUAACUUUAAUUUUAGAUCUAAAACGCGAUGUAUAAUAUUACGGUUAAAUUAAUGAAAUAAUAGAUCACUCAUUAUUAACGUUAAUUUCUAUUUAAAUAGUAAAUGAUGCACAUGUAAAAUAUAUAUACUUGAAGCAAUCGUGAAAUAUUUUUAUUAUAAUUUAACAUUCAAUUUUCUGCAAAUCUAGAUAUAUAUAUAAUACUUGUAACGAAAAUUUCGUCCCGUAUAUAAAAAUAUGAAAUGUAAUUCAUCUCAAUAUUAAAAUACUUUACAUUAUUGUGUAUUUAAAUAGUAACGUAAAAAUAUAAAUUAAUACUAACGUAAAAAAUUAUAAAAAUGUUAAAGCUUUUUAAUAUUUUGUUUAAUACCAAGAAAUUAUUAAUUAUUUACAAGUUACAUGGUUGCAUUUGUGUUUCUUUUUUCUUCUUAACAGACAAUGCCAUGGAUCUCAGCUAUUUCAACAGAGAUGCAAAUUCUAAAAUCGAGAAUGAACUUUCAAACAUCUCUAGUCCAGAGAUGUUUGAUAGUGACAAUGAAGAUGAUAAAAAGAAUAACGAACCAUUAGUAAAUGAAAAAUCAGUAGUAGCUAGUCCUAAAAAACCUUCUCAGGCUGAUUUGAUUACAAACACUGAUAAUAACUUAUUAGCCAAAAUUAACAAACUAUUAAGUGGUGUACCACCACCACCUAAACUUACAAUUUGUAGAACAGAUUGUUCUGAAUUAUUAUCGCGUAUUUAUGAGAAUCAACAUUUAUUUUGGACACAGUGUGUGUUACCAGAGAAAAACACAGAAAACAUAAAUGGGGAAUCCCCAGAACAACAGAAAGAGAAUAUUAGUACAAAUAAUUAUCAACAUACCAAAAGUACUUCUAGAAAUUUAAGUACUGCUUUUGAUGCUUGUGAUCCAAUAAAUAAUAUUAUUAAUAAUAUAGAUACAAUAGACUUAAAGAACACUUGUAGUGAUAAUUUUAGACUAAAGAAUGUAGUUCCUAAUAAUGAAAAAGACAUAAUCAAUGCUGGCAUAAGUGGAACAAAAUUUUUAAAUCCUAAAGAAGUACAAGAAAGUGCAACUGAGAAUAAAAUAAAACAACAAUCUGAAUCAAAACAAUCAUUACUUUAUUACACUGUUAAUGAGAAAGAAGCAAUCACUUUAACUUAUAACAGAAAUAAAGCAGUUGAAGAAUUUGAAAGCCUUACGCCAAAAUUAUGUAAUAGAUAUAUAGGAGGCGAAACUCAAUCUACAUGUACUGUAUGGUUUUCUAAACCAGUACCAGGAAGUGCCAAAAAACGAAAUCAUUUAGCUAAACAUAAUAAUGGUCAGAGUCCAACAAAAAGAUUGAGUCAUUUGACGAGAAGACGAAAAGUAUUUUCCAGUGCAAGUUUACAAGGACUAGCACUCAACAACAAAAAAUUUGUAGUAUUAAACAUCAAAAAACCCAUAGUUAAGAAAGGCAAAAGUCCACGGACUAAGAGUCCACGAGGCAAAAGUCCGAGGGGAACUCCCAAGAGUUCAACAAAGAAAAAAGUAGCUCGUCGGCUUAUUUUAGAUGGAACUAGUCCGUUAAAGUCUAAAAUUGAAACAUCUAAACGUGCGCUCUUUCAAAGCCCUCCUCCUGAUCGAGCUGGUCCAAGCAAAUUGUUUACAAAUAGGUCGAAUCCUCAAAGUAUUAAACGUGCCUUAUUUACACAAAAUACAAAGGAGAAUGAUUUUGAAAGAAGUCAAAAAAUAGCUAUCGAACCAGAAUCAAGGAAAAGGAAGAAUGAGGAGGAAUUAGAAGGACCAAAAUGCAAAUGGAUAAAAAGUUUAUCUUUUGACUGUUCUCACGAGUUACGUAAUAAUACAAUGUCUUCCUGGGAGAGACAUUCAUCUAGUAAUGUAAUUGAAAAAAGCAAGGGAUCUAUAAAUGAAGGGAAAUGCGAACUUAGUGAUACUCAUAGAAAGCAGUAUGCUACAAACUUGGCACGAAUCAUUAAAAAACUUAUGCCUGAUCUCGAGAAUAAGAAUAUUCCUCGCAAACCAGGAAGUACAAGUGAUCGUAUGUUAAAAUUAGCAAAAUAUCACGUUUUGUUUGUAAUUGAUCCAAGACCAACAAAUUGA